AUGGUCGUGGUGGUCGCUCACUUGCUUGCAGGUGAGACUGCGCCUAGCGUCCACUUGCUGGCACUCAACUCUCACAUGUGGCUCCACGUAGCUGGGCUCUGCUCAGCGGCCACACCCCGGGCAACCGUCUCGACCGGCGGGCUAAACCAGGUGAGGGGGCCCUGUGCGCUGUGCCGUGUGCACAGGGUUUCCGGAUUCCGCUGGAUGGAAGGUCGGAUGGAACCUAGCGUCGGCACCGUCGUGACGUGGUUCGUCUCUGCACGUCGCUCGACAGCCGAUGACGGGAUGGAUCUCCACAUCGACACCGCCUUGACGCGCCCACCUUCGCCGACGGAGACUGCGGCUUACGGCGAAUUCGAGUCGCUCUCCACUACAACCCGAAGUCCUGGUCCCAUAGUGGAGUUCGGCCGUGCCACAACGGCACAUGGCAGCCCUAUUCAGGGAUGGCACUGCCAGGCCCCACGAGGGGAAGGGCCUAGAAAAGGUGGCCUAAACAUUGCUGGGUACCACGCCGUCUCCAGGCUAGCCAGGGCCGCAGACGUCUAA